AUGACUGAAGUGGAUAUUAUCAAAAUUGGUAUCAAUGGAUUUGGGCGAAUUGGCCGGCUUGUGUUGCGUGCUGCAUUGAAGCACAAGAAUGUGCGCGUCAAUCUCAUCAACAACCCAUCUACCUCGCCAGAAUAUGCUGCUUAUCUUUUCAAGUACGAUUCUACGCAUGGCAGGUACCACGAUGAUGUGAGCUCAGAUGACAGUUCUAUAAUCAUCGGCGAUGCACAAAAUGGAUUCACCAUUCCAUUAUCGCAGUGCCGGGAGCCUGAACUUAUACCGUGGAGCGAAUAUGGCGUUGAUUAUGUCAUCGACGCUACUGGCAAAUUUAAAGAACUUGAAACAGCUAGCCGCCACCAAAAUAUCAAGCGCGUGGUUAUCACUGCACCAUCCAGCACUGCUCCUAUGUAUGUGUAUGGCGUGAACGAGAAUGAGUACAAUCCUGAGACUGAUACGAUUGUGUCUAAUGCAUCAUGCACAACGAAUUGCCUGGGACCCCUAGUUAAAUGCCUUGACAGUGACUUCGGGAUUGAAGAGGCUCUAAUGACUACGGUACACUCGACAACUGCCUCUCAGAACGCUGUCGACGGUACCUGUUCUGGAAGCAAAGAUUGGAGAGGUGGAAGAAGUUGUCAGGGCAACAUUAUUCCGUCAUCGACAGGAGCAGCCAAAGCAGUUGCAGCCAUUUUGCCGCAUCUCGAGGGAAAGAUAACUGGCAUGUCGAUUCGUGUCCCGACUAUCAACAUCUCACUCGUAGAUUUGACCUUCCGAACAAAGAAAGAGACUUCAUAUGCCGAAAUUAUCCAAAAGUUGAAGGAACAUAGUGAGACGGACCUCAAAGAUGUUUUGGGUGUAACCUAUGAUUCAGUGGUCUCUUCAGACUUUACUUCAGAUCCGAGAAGUUCAGUGGUUGACGCCAAAGCUGGCAUCGAGCUCAAUUCAAGAUUUUUCAAGAUAUGCAGUUGGUACGACAAUGAAUAUGGUUAUUCCUCUAGAGUUGUUGAUCUGUUGAUUUACAUGGCUAGGAAAGACCAAGAGCUUGCAAAGAGUGCUGCAUAG